UAUGCUUGUUUCAUGUGUGUGUUUCAUAUCUUCAACGUUUACACAACAUGAGGAUAGUUACUUGGAAUAUUAACGGCAUCAGAACCUUCAAAGGGAAGGUUAAACCGGUCCUCGACUCCUUGGCAGCCGAUAUCAUUUGUGUGCAAGAGACCAAAGUGACAAGAGACCUGUUAGAUGAGCGCACAGCAAUUGUGGAGGGGUACAGCUCCUACUUCAGCUUCAGUCGAGGGCGCAGUGGAUAUUCAGGGGUGGCGACGUUCUGUAAGGACAGUGCCACUCCAUUUGCUGCUGAGGAAGGUCUGACGGGCCUGCUGACCAGUCAAGGCGGAGCUGUGGGUAGCUAUGGUAACAGGGAGGAGUUCUCAGACGAGGAGCUUCAGUCAUUGGAUAACGAGGGGCGAGCCAUCAUAACGCAGCACAAAAUCAGGAGCUCAGGGGAUGGAGAGGAGACCCUGGCUGUGAUCAAUGUGUACUGUCCUCGCGCAGACCCAGAGAAGCCAGAACGCAAACUCUUCAAGCUGCGAUUCUACCGGCUGCUGCAGCUCCGGGCUGAGGCUAUACUUCAGACAGGGAGCCAUGUGAUUGUGCUGGGUGACGUGAACACAUCUCACAGAUCCAUCGACCACUGCGAUCCUGACGACCCUGAACGCUUUGACGAGAAUCCGGGUAGGAAGUGGCUGAAUGAGUUCCUGUUUGGCUCGAGCGAGGGAGAGGAGAAAGCUGACGAAGAAAGGACUGGGGUUGUUCAGGAAACAAAAUUACAGUGUCCCACGGGGACUAGUGGCGGCAAAUUUGUGGACACCUUCCGCUACUUCCAUCCAAGCCAGACUCACGCCUUUACAUGCUGGUCAACCUUAACAGGAGCCAGGCAAACUAACUAUGGCACACGGAUUGACUACAUAUUUGCCAACCGGAAGCUGGUAGACACUGAAUUUUUAGACUCCAAGAUCAUGCCGGAGGUAGAAGGUUCUGAUCACUGCCCGGUGCGUGGAGAGCUACGGUGUGUCUGCCUCGGUGAUCCCAAAUGCCCGCCGUUGUGUACCAAACACAUGCCCGAAUUUGCCGGCCGCCAACAGAAGUUAUCCCGCUUCCUUGUCAAAGUCGGGCAUGGGGAGAGGAAGGAGAUACCCAAAGAAGUCAUGUCAUUUCUUCCAGGAUCUCAAGAGUCGGGAGAAAUCAGGGAGAACAUCAGACCUGGAAAAGAUCUCAAUUUGGGAAAGAAGAGGGGGCAGCUGGCAGACUCUUCCUCCUCUUUGAAAAGCAAGAAAGCUAAAACCGCAAAUUCCAAAACGGGACAGCAAGGGAGUUUGCUAGCCUUCUUCAAGCCCAAGCUCAGUGAAGAGACCAAAAAAAAGGAUCUAGUCAUUUUUGGGAAGACAACAGGAGAUGACAACUGCCAAACGGGACCUCAACAACGUUGUUUCACUCGCUUCAAAUCACAGACUACCUCAGAAUCACUCCAAGAAACCACUUUGCUGGAGAGGUCAUUCAAACCCCAAAAGAAUUCUACAGACGAGACCCAAAAGGAUUUGGGUACCACGACUUCUCAGACAGAUGUACAAGAAAGCCAACCUUCAACAAACUCCUCCCAAGAGAAUGGACCCGAGCAAGCUAUGGGGGAUGGAAGCAAGGAAGCAUCAGGAGUUAAGGAUAUCAAACCCCCAGAGCUUCCCGAAUCUGAAGGAUCGGCAGGUUUUUGGAAGUCGGUUCUGCGUGGACCCCCUCCUCCUCCCAACUGCAAGGCCCACAGGGAACCCUGUGUCCUCAGGACAGUUAAGAAGGCAGGGCCCAAUUUCGGGAAGCGGUUCUUUGUCUGUGGCCGCCCUCAAGGUCACGCAUCCAAUCCUGAAGCCCGCUGUAACUUCUUUGUGUGGGUGGGGAAGGGCAAGUAAACAGGGGCAGUAUCUAUGCAGGGUUUUGGAGUAAGAGUUGCCUCCACUGUUGGUGUGUGUGUUUAGGAACUCUAUGGGCUGUUGCUGGUACUCUGAACCUAGGGGUGCCCACUCUAUGGUCCAGUUUACAACUAUGAAACAUUUUGUUAAUAUCUACAGGAGCUUUACAUUGGUUUGAUGCUUGCAAUUAAUUGAAGCUAUCAGCCACUAAACUUUAAAACUUUUUUGUGAACUGCAAUUCUGAAUUAACCGUCCUUGACCAAAAAAAAAAAAGUUGGGUUUGCAAACUCAGCGUGUUCUUCAUUUGAUUUGUGAAUAGAAAAACAGUCAAAUUUUAGUAUAUUCUGUAUCGCCUAUUAAAUAAGGAACACUGUUUUAGAGUGUUAUUACACAAUGACAAUUUGACUUCAUUGUGCUGCUUUGUGAUUUUGACACAAGUGUUUUAAGUGAAAAAGGUACAAAGUCAUUGUUGCAUAGGUGACAUAAACCCUAGAAGUGUUAAAUAUCAAACUGGGCUACCCACAUAAAAAUUAAAAAAAACAUAUUUUGUAAAAUGUAUUUUUAGUAAUGUUCAUAACUUACAGAAUUUCAUGUUCUUUUAU